GGCGGGCCCCGGUGAUGGCGGAAGCGGAGGCCAAGAUGAAGCAGUUCAAUGGCAGCGGUGGGGCUGGGCUGGACGCCGAGCGCGGCCGCUUCCCGUACUGCGUGGUGUGGACCCCCAUCCCCGUCCUGACCUGGCUCUUCCCGAUCAUUGGCCACAUGGGUAUCUGCACGUCGACUGGAGUCAUUCGGGACUUCGCGGGGCCAUACUUUGUCUCGGAAGACAACAUGGCAUUUGGGAAGCCAGUGAAGUACUGGAAACUGGAUCCCAGCAAAGUAUACUCCACCAGUCCCAAUGCUUGGGACACAGCUGUACACGAUGCCUCGGAGGAGUACAAGCACCGAAUGCACAACCUUUGCUGUGAUAACUGCCAUUCUCAUGUGGCUCUGGCCUUAAACUUGAUGAGGUACGACAACAGCACCUCCUGGAACAUGGUGAAACUCUGCUUCUUCUCACUCCUGUAUGGGAAGUACGUAAGCGUAGGGGGAUUUGUGAAGACCUGGCUUCCCUUUGUCCUCUUCUUGGGGGUGAUCAUGACCAUUGUUCUGACGCUUCAUUUGCGGUGAUGGCAGCUGUGAACGCCCCGUUCCGUGGGCACACGAAGGAAGAAACUGUGACUGAUCCAGCGGGAUGGAGGCAUGGGACUCUGGGAGGCGUUUUCCAGGGAAGGUGGCAACUCCGCUCCAUUGUAACAGCUCAUCUUUGUUUCCUGGAACUGGCUUCUUUUCCUUCUGUUUUUCUUCUGUCGAUGGUGUCUCCCACUGUCAGGGGUCCUGAAGCCUCCUGCUCUCUCCCCGAAUACGUUCCCUUUCUGCAAUGUGGUAGGUAGAAAAGCAAUCGGGAAAGGAGAGGCGUGGGCACCUUUGCUUUCAGUGCGAAGUAAAGCCGCAAGGCAAACCCUGCCUCCUGGUUCAGGAGCACAAGCAGAUGCACCUUGUAAGGUUCUCUCUGAUCACUGGGAUUCUUCCUCUUGGCUUCAUCAGAAGCUUCCUCAGAUUUCCCAAGUCUCCAAGAAGGAGUUGUUGUUUCCCUUUGCACGACUCUCCUGUAGCACACAUUCCAAAGUGGAGGUUGUGGGGUUCCUCCUGAGGGUGUAGAGUGCCACAGCACUCACCGACGGUCUCCCCGGUAGCAACAGAAAGGUGUUGACGGCGGGACGCUCCUCUGAGGAGACGCGCAGAGGAACGCUCUGUGGCAGGGCAAAUUCAUCUGGUCCUGCUGGUGAGCCCAGAAAGGCAGGAAAGUCGAUCGACUGGCUUGGGUAUGGCUCGUGGCAGUCUGCACACUUUCAGUUCUGCCUGUUGCAGAGUUGGGAGUCUACUGCUAAGUCCCUUUUAGCUUGUGCCAGAGAAAAUACAGCUUCCCUGCUUCUCCUUGUGCUCUGAAUAUCUAAAAUUGUCGUUAACACUUUUCACGAGCCACUUACUUUCCUUUGAUCCCUAGUACUUUGCAUGUGGCAGCAUCCCUGGGCCUGCAGAGGUGGCAGCUGCAGUGGGUACCUGUUUCUGGGGCAGAAAGCUUAGCGUAGGGUUUUGAAAGCAUCCAUGAGAGCAGAACCUGAGCUUAGUGGGGCCAUCAGAGAUUAAAAGAAGAGGUGAAGGGACUGGAAGAUACCCGUGAUCUGGUUGGGCUUUGCAGCGGCAAACUGGGGCACUGGCUGUCUUGUGGCUGGUUCCAGGAUGGUGAACAAGAAGGUCUGUUUAAUUCCUGGGGUAAAAGGACUGGCUUUGAUGUGAGAAGUGCUGGUCUGGCAGCGUUGGGGGGCCGAUGGCCCUUCUGAGCCCUGGAUCGGGCAGGACGGGUACUAGGGGGAUGGGUUGUUCUCGGGUGCUAGGCAGGAAUUAAUUUGGACGUGACGCAGAGCUUCAUCCAGGUCUGGCUCUGGCCCGCAGAUGCUGCUUUCCGUGGGGCUCUUAAGUCAGGUGGCUUUUUUUAAAAACGUGGCUGAAGGAUUAUGCACAGUUGAGCAGAUUCCCUCUGACUGCAGAGGAAGGAGAGCAGCUUUUUCACUCACGCCUUGAAAGGCCAGCUCUGUACUCCACUAUCUGAUGGAUUUCAACCUCAAGGAGGGCUCGUGGCCGGCAAAAAAGCUCCUCUCUGCUGCCUGCCGUCUCUGUGGCUUCCUCUGGCUGGGAAGCUCAUUCACUGUCACCCUGCUUGCUCUCAGACCUGUCCCCGUGCGCCUUUCAUCCACUUCCAUUCCCCGACUCCUCUAGCCAUAUGGGAGAGCUGGGGACUCCUUUUGGGCUUCUCGAUUUCUACAUUUCCUCCUUUUCCUCAGUCAUUUUUAAAUAGCCCCUUAAACCUCUCCCAGUUGUCUUUCUCUCAUCUGGUGCUGGCCUUUGGGGUGGGUGGAGGAGGUUUGCAGACCUCAGCACCCUUCCCUGUCUAUCUGGAACUGAAAUAGUCAUCGCUGUCUGCUCUGUACAGUCAUUUCAAGCCUGUGUGGAGAGUGGGCUGGAGGGUGCUGGGCCUGGGGCUGAUUAGAAAGCCAAGAUCUUGAUCAAAGAGAACCUUAUGAUGAAAGGAUGAUGUCUUACCGAGCUACCCCGUGUCGCUGCGGUCUCCACCCAGCGAGCCUGCUGGCUAACGUGCCCUAGGACAAGCCAGUUGAACAGGAGAGAUUAAUCCUUUGCCUCUGUUUUUACUUUAAGUAUGACUUCUCAAAGCAACCUGCACGCGGAGUCCCUGGUCCCAGGGCUGAAGCCAACCUGUCUUACGCAGUAGCAAUAACCUAGAGACUCUUAGGCCUGUCUCACACGUUGAUUCAGUGUUUUAUUGAUAAGCUAUACAAGCGUUGCCAAAGCUGAGACUUCGAGUUGUCAGGGGGAGGCCGGGAGCGGGGCUGCUGGCCACUGUCCCCUGCUCCUGGGACUUCUGAAAACAUGUCGAGUGCCAUUCCCCACCGUGGAAUUCCUUGUCGUUUGCUCCUAACGCUUUUUACCAGAUCUGGGUUUCAAAUGGAGACGUAUCCUGAGCAGUCGGUUGGAGCGCUGGCUGCUUUGCCUGAGUCCUGGCUGAACGGCCAACCCGCUUCCAUGGACAGAGAUGGAGGAUGGCUCCGGGCAUCGGAAGGAAACACGGCUAACGGGAGAACAAGGCCCAAAGCUGAGGUACCGCGAAGCCUGCGCAUCCGUGCUGGACGUGCAAAGCUGUCUGUACUGGCACAGUGAAGGAUGGUGCCCGCAGAGGUCGGAUGCUGGGGGAGGCAGGUGGACCGGUUGGAUUUAUGGUCUUCCUACGCUGUGGUAGUGUCAGCCCAGCACCGCGGGAACGCAGAGAAACCCCGGCAGCGCUCGGCGUGGCUUCCCAGCAGCGGUUGUGUGGGGAGUGGGCUGCUUCCUCUCGCGUGGGAGG